AUGACGAAUUCCAUACUGCGAAGCUUGCAAGCUCUGGAGUCGCUGGGUAACCAGCCGAUGGCUCGCUGGGAGGUACCCCUGAACGACGGGGUGCACGUUAUCGAGUUUGAACACGGCACGGCGACCGGGAGACGCGUAGUUCGCGUGGAUGGCAAGGUCCUGAUCAAUCGCGAGUGGAUGUUUCGGCUGGUGGGUGACGAGGUCUUUCAGUUUGGCGACGCCAAAUUCGUCAUCAGAGUCGAUCCCAUACCUGGCUUGAAAUAUUCGUACACCUUGUGGGUCAAUGGCAAGAGUUUCAAGAACUUCAUUCAAUCCCAGUCUAAAGUACUUGAAACUUGGACGACGCUCAUCGGUCAGAAUGAGUAUAGGAUUAUUUUAGACAAAAACACGCAAAAUGUAUGGAUCAACGGUGAACAGGUCGAAACGAAGGCCGACUUUAUCGACGAUGGGGCUGAAAUAACUUUUACGGUCGCGGACGUACCCGCAGCUAUACAAUCGUACAGCUCUGGACAAAGGGAAGUCGGUCUGAAAUAUGUGCUGUACGUAAACGACGUGGAAAUCAAGGAACAAGAUUUGCUAUCGACCAUAAAUACCGAAUAACUAUUUGUUAAUUAUCGCACUUUUGUGCAAUUGUGCCUUAAAAUUUU